GUUUUCGACGCACUAUUUGUUAUUAAACCAUAUAAAACGUAUAUAUAGCGAGAGAGAUAUCUCGAUAAAAUUAAAUGGAAAUGUUUUACUUAGCACAAUGUAACAUAUUCGGCAGCAAAAUUGAAGGCCUUUACAGUAGAAAUAUUUUUGAAUAUCAAGCGUGUUAUCUAGAUGAACACCUAUAAGCUCACAGCUGCUCGCAACGUUUAAAAUUUCUCAACACAACUCUCAACAAUUGUUUGUUAAGUUUAGUGCCGUCGUUGUUUUUGUUUUGUGGACUUUUUCGCACAACGUGUGUUUUAAGUUUGCGAAUUUCGAUGUUAAUUGGAGAUUAUUAAAUUAGGAUCUUUUUUCAGUGCUUUAAUUUUAGCUGAUCUUCUUCGAACUUCAAUUAGGUAUACAUAUAAAAAAGGAUUUGUUUUGCCUAAUUGUCAAGCAGCAACAACACUUGUGCGAACUUUUAUCCAUUUCCCUUCACUGCGGCUGUAAACAAAUGUUAUACAUGCAAGCGUUUCGUUACAUUGCAUGCCAGUCUUGAUGAAGUUGCUCUGAGCGCAUGCAAUCUAAAAUGGUCGGUCGUGUGCUUAUGCAGCCAAGCGCCUAGGCAAAUUCACACACGCAUAUAUAUAUAUAUAUAUAUACGAGUAUAUACUUAUAUACAUACAUAUAUGCAAGUCAGGAUGCCAUUUUAUGCAUUUAUUUUCAUUCACUUUACGCUUUGUUGGCAUUUCCAUUUUAAUUCUACCGCAAUGUAGCGCACAGCACCAUUCGGCAUAUCCACUAUUCAACACAGUGUUGCAUUUUAUUGGCCACACGGGGGCGUAAAAUGCACAAAAUACCUUUAAAGCGUUAGCUGCAGCUGUAAAUGCUAGCCAUAGAUACGUGCUGUGCGUUUCCAAUACAAAACAAAAAAACAAAAAAGCAUGCAGUCACAUACAUAAUCAACACUCACAUACACACACGCAUGCGAAUGUAAUAAAUUCCAAUGCAAUUGACCUAAAAGGAUUUGUUGCUGCUCCACAGGCUUCCGGCGUUGUUCUGUUGGCAAUAAAAUGCCCGUGGACAGCAAUCGAGCUCAGUCGGUGAGUUCUGCCUGGCUUUGUAUGAAAGGUUUGGUUGUAUCUACUGCAAAUUGAGCUGGUGAGCUAACGGCAGGAAGAGUUUUAAGACUGGAAAUGGACGCAACUGCAAAAGUUACCAAAAAACUACAUUUUUGCGGUUUGAAUCAAUAUUUAUUAGUGAGACUCUAUUAUUACUUCCUUGGAAUGGAAAGUAUGCCUGCACAUUGAAGCAAAAGAGGAGGCUUUAUUUUACGAUGUAAUCCUAAAAUCGAAAACUAAAUUGAACUGAAACUUGCGUUUUGACGGAUCGGAGGUUAUAAAGUAGGCGUUUUAAAUCUAAUCGGCAAUUAAUUUGGUACAGUUCGGAACGAACUAAGGGAGCCUUUAAGGAUCUAUCCAACUUCGAUCAACGGUUAAAAAUCUAUAUUUUCAAUCCCUAGGGCAAAAUUAUAUUGCUAGUAUUCGAACAACAAUCCAAGAUUCCACAAACUGACAAAUGAGCAUUUUAACGUUGAAGCCAAUAAAAAAUGAAGAGUGUAAAUUAAAAACUGCAGAAAUGUAAACUUCUUUGACCAGUAACUUCUCUUUCUUGUUGCAAACUGAACAAUUCUGCAUCAGGUAGGCUUAUAACACAAUUUACGGACAUUAAUUUAAUAUAAAAUAAGAUGUAAUAUCUAAUUUCAUUCCACUUUUUUUAAUUUGAAACGAAUUUAAUUUUAUUAAUUUCUCCAAAUUGUUAAUAGUAGAUGCAAUUCUAUUAGUAUUCUUAAACACCUUACUAUUUCAAUAUUUCAAUCUACUACCUUCGUUUGACAGCAAACAGCUGUUUGUGAUUUGACAACCCACUCGUGCAGCAACGCAUUGCACUAUUUACGUAAAAAUCUAACUCUAAUUGCGGCAUUUAAUAUUUUCACACAACUUUCUUAAAUAAUUUAUGAAAUAAGAGUAACUUUAAAAUGAAUCAAGCCGACGUUAGUAAACUGAUGUCGCAAUUGCGUAUUGCUGUUAAACCACAUCGCAAUCUACGUAAUCCAGAUGGUCCGGAGGGUCGUUUAUUGAAACUACGCAAAACAGUGACGGCGCUAGUGAAGCAUGAGCGCAUAGAAUUAUACUACAAUAGAGCUGAUGAAGCGCGCGGCUAUGCUGAAUUGCUAAUUUCCAAUGCGAUACGUUAUGGCGAUCGUCAUAAAGCCACAAUGGAAUUGGCGGAUUAUUGGUUGCUCGAAAAACAAUUGGUGCAUAAACUUUUCAAAGUACUAGUGCCACGGUUGGAGAACUGUAAUGUAUCGUAUACCCGCAUGUACAAAGCACCUCGUGAUUACCCCGGCAUGUAUUAUAGAAAAUCGGUGCUGGAAUUGCGUGGCAAUCCAUACCCAUCGUUAUUGCCUGAUUAUAUAAACAAUCGUAAUUUAAUACAUAAUGUUUUAUUAGAUGAAGCGCGAAAGGAUUACAAACGUGAAAAAUUAGCAGAACUAGCUGAUAAAAUAGCGUCUGAGUCGGCGGUGAAUGCUAAAAAAGUUAAGAGUGAAGGUGAGGCGAAAGACGCAGAAAAUGUUGAGAAAGUAUAAAAAAUUGUGCUUUCAUCAUUCGUUUACUAAUAUAAUUGUUAAAUUAAUAAAAGUAAUUUAAUAUUGAACAAA